AUGGGAGUUUUUAACAUAUUUGGAAGUAAAUCAGGAUUUGAUCCAAAUAAAUUUGAGAAAGAAUUAAAUACAAUAGCUGAAAACAUCAAUAAAACAAAACAACAAUUGGUCAAACUAAAAAUUAAUAAAAAAUCAAUUAAUAAAAAAUUAUCAUUAUUCACAUUCAUAAUUUAUAUUUUAAUAUUUUUUUAUUCAUAUAUUUCUAUACCAAAUUCAACAAUUGCAACAAAUAAAAUUCAAAGAUUUUUAAAAGGUCAAUCAAAAUUUAAUUUUUAUUUAUUAAUUGGAUUUCCAUUAAUUUCAAUUUUAAUUACAAAACUAAUUAAUUUUAUAUUUAAAUAUUUAAUUAAAUCUCAAGAUAGUCAUUUAUCUAUUUUAAAACAAAAACAUAAAUUAAAAAUUGAAGAAUUAAAGAAAAUUACUAAAUAUAAUGAAACCAAUGAAUUAAUAAAUAAAUAUGACGAUAAACCAAAACCAAUACCCCAACAACAAUUUAUACCUAACUUACAACAACAACAACCAAAACAACCACAAAACAAUAAUAAAUCAAAUAAAUUAAGAAAUCAAGCAUUGAAAGAAUUACAUUUAAGUGAAGAUCAAUUGUCAUCAAAUCAACAAUCAUCAAUAUCUCAACAACAAAUACCACAACCACAAAGCACAAAUCCCCAACAACAAUCACCAAAUUCACCGAUUCACAAACGUAAUUUACAAGAUAAAUUAUUGGAUUUAUUUAUAGGAUCAGAUAAUUCAGAAAGUAUUGAACAAAGAUAUGCAUUAAUUUGUUCUCAUUGUUUUUCACAUAAUGGUUUAGCACCACCAAAUUGUGAUGAUCCAAAUAAUGUUAAAUAUCAAUGUUGGAAAUGUGGUGCAAUGAAUGGUAAAGGAAUGUUAUUUGACAAUCAAGAAAAUGUUUAUGAUAAUAAUAAUAAUGUUAAUAAUAAUAAUGAUAAUAAUAAACAAUCAAUUAAUAAUGAUGAAAAAGAAUUAAAAGAUAUUAAAAAUGAAAAAUCUGACAAUGCAUUACCUGAAAUGAUUGAAAUUACUAAACAUUUAGAGGAAAAACCAAAAGAUAAUGGAACAAAUGAAGAAUUAUCAGAAAAGGAAGCAGUACCUCAAAUCCCACCAAUUGAAUCUGAAACAAAAAAAGAUUAG